AUGAUGGGGGUGGCAAAUCUGGUCGCAACAUUGGUGGUGACAGCAAGCCUCGUCACAGAGGCUGUUGUGGCUCAGUCGACUGCCGACAUCUUGAAUCAACUACAGGCCAACGGCGUCAACAUAACUCUCCUGAACAGUACAAGCACUCCUACUCCGCGAUCGCAGAAUGGCUGCUCUCUUCUGUCAUACGCCUUGGUCAAACUAUUUCCCACCAAAACCUUGAUUUCCAGUGAGAGCGGCUUUGCCAAUUGGACGGAAUCAUUCUGGUCUCAGCAGCAAGAAGAGGUCACGCCUCAAUCAAUCUUCAAACCAGCCAACCCUAUAGAUGUAUCGUCAGCAGUGCUCUUGGCAGAAUUAUUUUCUUGCCCUUUCGCCGUCAAAAGUGGUGGCCAUGCUGCUUUCAGUGGCGCCUCCAAUAUUCAAGGAGGACUUAGCAUUGACCUCGGUGCGUUGGAUAGCAUAUCCCUAAGCAAGGAUCAGACUGUCGCCUCUGCUGGGGCCGGUAAUGUCUGGGUCGAUGUUUACGACUAUCUUGAGCCGUACGGUCUGUCGGUCAUCGGAGGCCGAGUCUCGACGAUUGGACUCGGUGGGUUGACAACAGGAGGUGGCAUCUCGUUCUUCUCGCAAGAGUAUGGAUGGGCCUGCGACAACGUCGUCAAUUACGAACUUGUCCUCGCAUCUGGUCUCAUCAUCGAUGUCAACCAGUCGUCCUACCCUGACCUCUACUGGGCCUUGCGUGGCGGCGGUAACAAUUUCGGCAUUGUCACUCGUUUCGAUCUCAGCACACACGUCCAAGGUUCUCUUUGGAGUGGAUCGCUGAUCUACCUGUCUACCUACAGUGACCAAGCCAUUGACGCCUUCUACAACUAUGGUAUCAAUGCUGCUAGUGACCCCAAAUCCGCCGUCAUCAUGAAUUGGGCAUACACACAAGGUCAAUUCCUGGCCGUAGCUGACCUUGAAUACGCAAAUGCCACCAUUAACCCACCAAUCUUUCAGAACUUUACUGCAAUUUCAGCAUACGAGAACACGUUGGAAGUUCGCACUCUUCCCGAAGUAACAGCCAUGUUCCAAGAAUCCAACCCUGACGGUCUGCGCGAGAGCUACUGGACUGCCACUUUUGCUUUCACCAAGGAAAUGAUCACUUAUUGUGUGGAGACUUUCGAAACUGAAGUCGUCCGUGCCGCUAACGCGACGGGCUAUCUUCCUGCCCUUGUUCUGCAAGUCAUUUCCACCGACAUGACAACUCAGAUGCAGAAGAACGGUGGAAAUGCCCUUGGUCUUUCUCCCUCGGAUGGAAACCUCCUACUUCUGAACUUGUCAUUCAUGUGGGAAGAUAUUGCAGACGACAACCUCAUCCUCAACAUCCUCGGUACCAUUACCAGCAAGACGAUUGCCUAUGCCAAAGCCAACGGACUGUACAACGAGUACUUGUACAUGAAUUACGCCAGCCAGUAUCAAGCCGUGAUUCCAUCAUACGGCACGACUAACUUUAAUAAGUUGAAGAGUGUGUCAGCCAAAUAUGAUCCUUUCCAGGUCUUCCAGAAACUGCAGCCAGGUUAUUUCAAGUUGAGCACAGCGGCGCCCAACACGACAUACCCGGCCUAG